UUCCUUGAUAAGAUAAAAGUUUAAAUAUUUAUAAGUAAUUCUUAAGGUAUUGGGAAAAUUUGUGUUUAAUGUGUAGAUUGUUGUGUAAUUUAUUAGCCAUUAUUAUUUGAUUAAAUUUUUCACAAUAACUUAAUCGAACACUUGAAUUUGAUAAAGUUAUUUAUUUUAGUUAUUCAUGUAGUUGUACGUUUAUUGUGUGUUAUGGAGUUGUCAAAAACUCGAAGAAGUGUAGGAAAGGAAAAAAUGUCAUUUUCGGUACGCUUCAACGCUGAAGAUGAAGAAGUGGAAGGAUUAUGUACAACUCCUACAAAAUUACAAUCAACAGAAUCAAUCGAAGAACAAUUAAGAACACCCGAACAAUCUUUUGGAAAUUCACAAUAUUUAGGUCUUUUUGGCUUAAAAAGGUCAUCUAGUUCAGAUGCUGAAUCAUCUCCUUGUGAUACAACCAUUAGACGUCUUGAUAGUUUUCUAUCAGAUAUUAAAGAAGGAUUAUGGAGAAGUGAGAGCGGUGGUGAUCUAAGCAUGACGUCAAAGAAAACUGAUGAUUCUGGUCAAGAUGAUGAUUCUGUAUCUAUUAUAUCUAAUGAAAUUUAUGAAGCUGAAGAAGAACCAGAACAAUUACAAUACAGUAUUAUUGACCGAAAUUUGUUUGGUAUUCGUCGUAGGCGUAAUAAAAUUAUUGAAAAAAUCUCACCAACAGAUGACGUAGAAACAGCUAAAGAUGCUUUAGAAAAUUUACAAUUAAAAUCAAAUACCACAAAUGCAUCUCCAUAUGAUUGUUCAGAAACAGAAUCUAUAAAAACAAGCGAUACAGUUAAAAAAUAUUCUAUAUUUAUUUUGUUCGGAACUAUUGGAGUUUAUUUAGGUUACAAAUUUGUUCCGAUAUAUAUAAAUACCCUUGUUCUUGGUAGUAUUUUUACAUUUAAAUUUAGACAUGUGUUGGAAAUGUUUUUAACUGAUGACUACAAAAUUAAACAUGUUCAACCCAAUGCGAACUACAUCCCAGAUAAUGAAGCUUCUAUAAUACAAUCUUUAAAAAACUUGUAUGACUUAAAUCCACAUUCAAUAUUAUAUAAAGGAUGGAUGAAUCAAUUUCUUUAUGAUUAUCGCCCAGAAACUUAUAGACUUUCACUUACAGUUACUGUUUAUGUUAAAUUAACAGGAUCAAUACUUAUUAUAUCUUAUCCUUACUAUAAAGUUCCUAAAAGGUCUUUAUAUAAUGAAUCCAAACCAAAAUUGGUGUUUGUUAAGGAAUGCAUGUAUAAAUUGUCACGUUGCAACAUUACUUUAUUACCUCAAAACUUAGUAAAUAAAAGGAAAUGGAGCAAAAAAUAUCCUAUUUGUAUAGAGUUAAAUCCUGAAUCAUUGAUUGGUGUUCGUCGUUCAUUAAAAUCUAAAAGGUUUGUUCAAGAAACAGAUGAAUGGUUGUGUAAAGAUUAUGUCACACCAUCAUUACAAGCUGAAACAUAUUAUGAGGAAAUGUUGGAAAAUUGUGUAUUGGAGAUGAAAGAUGAUUAUGAUUUUAAAGAUGAAAUCCAUUAUUCAGAAAAUAAACAAAAUGAAAAGAAAAAAUCAAAAACUGAUAUCACUCAAUCUGAUACAAAAAAUGAGCGUAAGAACAUUGAUUUCGAAGCAAGUACAUCAAAAAAUGCUGAAAAAUUAAUUGAUAUGGUUGAGGAAAAUGAAGUUGAUAGUGUAUUGAAAACUGAUUCUGACAAAAUAUAUUUAUUUGCUAGAAAUGACCCAGAAAAAGAAUUAUGGUUUCACCGUUUGAAUCUAGCUUCAGCGUUUGACAUCGUUGUUGAUGAACCAGUCAAUAAGAAAAAAAGAAAUAUAGAAGAACACAAUAAAUUUCUUCAGGCUUAUCUUGCCUACAUUCAUAAUGUUUAUGAAUUAUCUAAUUUUCCAGUAUCAACUGAUAAUCAAAAAAAAAAAGAGAAAUUAAUAAUGACUCAAGUUCCUGAGAUUUCUGAUAAGCAACAGUAUUUAUGGUUAAAUAUGUUACUAGGACGUGUAUGCUUUGAUUAUUUACAAAAUCCUAGAGUUCUUGAAAUGAUUGCCGAUAAAUUUCAAAGGAAAUUAAAUGCUAUAAGGUUACCUAAAGUAAUGGACAUGCUAGUGAUUCGAAGUUUAUGUUUUGGAAAAGGAGAAAUUCCAACGAUACGGAAAGUAUCAAAACCCUGGGUGGAUCAUCGUGGAAUAUGGUUUGAACUUGAUAUUGUUUACAGUGGAACAUUUCAAGCAUCUGUUGACACUAAGCUUAACCUUAUGAAAUUAAAAAAAGAAGAAGCUCAACGACAAAAGGAAGAAAUAAGAAGUGCAGUUUAUGAUUCUAACCAAGAAGAUAGUGGUGAAACAUCAAAUGAUGAAUUUCAAUCACGAGAAGAUAUCAACAUUGCUGAAAGACUGUUUGAACAACAAGCUUUAAAUGAACCACCGCUACCUCAAGGAAGUCGUAUUUCAAGAUUUAUGGAAAAUUGUUCUUCUGGUUUUCUUGAACUUAAAUUUGUGAGAAAAGUGUUUGAAAAUGUGGCUAAAAAAGAACUUACUCUUGUAAUCAAUGUGAAACAAUUAGUUGGGACGCUUAUUGUCAAUUUGCCUCCACCACCAACUGAUCGUAUUUGGGUUUCAUUUAAAGGAUGUCCAAAAGUCAACUUUGAAGCUAAGCCAAAAGUAAACGACACAAAUGUGCCACUUAUGGAUGUUCUGUCUAAAGGCUUACAUAACAUAUUAAUCAAAGAAAUUGAAAAAGUAAUUGUUCUUCCAAACAUGGUGGAUUUUACUAUACCAAUGAUGAAUAGUGAUUAUUAAAUAAAUUUAACCUUUAAUAUUAAGUUAUUGCACAAGGGUUUUAAUUAUAAGAAAACUUUAACUGUAAGUCUUUAUAUAAAUAUACAUAAUAAAAAUGAGUAAAUCAGUAUUUGUUACCAUUCAAAAGUUAGAGGAAUAACUAAAAAAAAAUAUGACUGUGAUAAUGUUUUAGUUAUGCCCAUGUGUUUCAUUAGAUAAUAUGUUUUUAUGUUUUAGUUCAUUACUAUGCCUUCCAUUAUUUACAUUAUAUUGGGCUACUAUCACAGAAUUGUUCUAUUAUUUUUUUAAAUUGUUUAAUGAAAGUAGUUCGAUUAGUGGAAAAUGCACAUAUUAAACAAAAGGAAAUUAAAAAUUCCUAAAUUCUAAAGGCUGUAAUCUAAUCGAAUUACUUAUUGUUUACCUUGUAUUCUUUCAAUUUUAAGAUAUUUAUAAUUUGUAUUAUGUUUUGAUUUAAUAUUUAGUGUGGUUGUUUAAAUCAU